UCUCUUUCCUAGACUGCUGGUUGAGGUUUCAAAGUUUUGUAAAAUUUUAGUACAUAUAAAUCAGCACUGAUCAAAAACUAAACCUGUCCUUGAUCAGCAAAGAAUAAAUUUUUACUAUGUUGCUACCAAUGAAAGGUGCUACUUCGACUAUAUUAGUGUUCGCAAUACUAUUUGUUUCAUCUACUAUUGUUCUUGCAUUUGCUUCAGGUACUCGGAGAAAACAAUCACAGGUAGCAGUAGAAGAAGAAGUUGAUGCACUCUUGAAAUGGAAAUCAACCCUUGUGAACCAUACUGGUUCUCUCCUCCCUUCUUGGAAGACAAAUUCUACAGGGAGGAGCCGCAGUACAUGCAAGUGGCACGGAAUUUCUUGUAACAACGAGGGAAGCGUUGCGGAAUUGAAUAUAACAGGUUUGGGCUUACAAGGUACACUCCAUAGUUUCAACUUCUCUUCUUUUUCCAACUUUGUUAGCGUGGACAUGAGCCAUAAUAACCUCUUUGGACUCAUUCCGUCUCAAAUUGGUAAUCUUUCAAAACUUAAGCACCUUGAUCUUUCGGAUAAUACGCUUUCCGGAUAUAUUCCUCCAGAAAUAAGCUCUCUCACAAGUCUGAAUUUGUUAGACUUUUCUCAAAAUCAAAUCAAUGGAUCCAUUCCUCAAGAAAUUAGCCAUUUACGUCAUCUCAUUGAUCUAAGGUUGUACAUGAACAAUCUCAUUGGUUCAAUCCCUUAUUCAUUGUGCAACCUGACAAGCUUGAUCCUCAUAUCAAUGUAUACAAAUCAACUCUCUGGUACCAUCCCUCAAGAUAUAGGAAGUCUAAGGUCUCUUACUUUGUUAUCUUUGUAUGAUAACACUCUCCAUGGUUCAAUCCCGGUUUCAAUGGCCAAUUUAACUAGUCUAAAAACUCUUGCUCUUUAUCAAAAUCAACUCUCUGGUACCAUCCCUAAUUCUUUAUGCAAUCUGCACCUAUUAGAAGGCCUAUACCUUCAUGGAAAUCAACUCUCCGGUUCAAUCCCUCAAGAUAUAGGAAGGCUAAGGUCUCUUACUGAUUUAGCUUUGUACGGGAACAAUCUUUCUGGUUCAAUCCCUGCUUCCUUAACCAAUUUGACUAGCCUAUCCCUCUUUUUUGCUUAUUCAAAUCAACUCUCUGGUACCAUCCCUCGAGGCAUAGGAAGGCUAAGGUCUCUGUCUAUGUUAUAUUUGUCCAUAAACAAUAUUACCGGUUCAAUCCCUCCUUCUGUAGGUAAUUUGAGCAAUUUAGCUGAGUUAUCUCUUUUUAAAAAUCAAUUAACCGGUUCAUUGCCAGAAGAAAUCAGCAUUCCAAACCAAUUGACACUACUGUCUCUGGGUGACAACAGAUUAUCUGGGUAUUUACCUCCAGAUAUAUGUCGAAAUGGAAAACUUGAGUCAUUUUUAGUGAAUAACAACAAUUUCACGGGUCCAAUACCAAAGAGCCUUAGAAACUGCUCCAGCUUAAGAGAAAUUGCUCUUUCAUAUAACAAUUUGGUUGAUAAUCUGACGGAGGCGUUUCACGUGUAUCCAAAUCUAGAGAGGCUUAAUGUGAUUUUUAAUAUGCUUUAUGGUGAACUCUCAAGAGACUGGGGGAGUAGUCCAAAUUUGACAGGCUUUUAUUUCACAAGGAACAACAUCACCGGUACAAUACCUUCUGAAUUCGGAAAGCUGAGAAUGUUAAAAGAACUUUAUCUUGGUGCUAAUAAUUUAGUAGGUGAAAUUCCAAAAGAGUUGUUUGAAUUGUCUUCAUUACUGAAGUUAGAUUUAAAUAACAACCAACUUUCUGGUAGGUUGCCUUCUACAGUUGGGAAGUUAUUCAACAUGCAAUGGUUCUCCUUGACAAGAAAUAGGCUUACCGGACCGAUACCGAAACAACUUGGUAACUGUUCCAGUUUGAUAUACUUGGAUAUGAGCAGAAACAAUUUUACUGGGAGAAUUCCCGUUGAGAUUGGAAACUUGAAUUCGUUAUCAAUCGUGCUUGAUCUCAGUCAAAAUGAUUUGAGUGGAGAGAUACCAUCAGAUAUCUCCAAACUAGAUAAACUGGAAAAGUUUAAUUUAUCCCACAACAAACUCUCUGGUGCAGUUCCAUCAUCGUUUACCGGAAUGGUUAGCUUGACCGUCGUGGAUAUUUCUUACAAUCAAUUGAGUGGUCCUAUUCCAAACAUGGAGGCCUUUCAGAAUGCGUCAGUCGAUGCAUUGAAGAGCAACAAAGAUUUGUGUGGUAAUAUCUCUAGAGGUCUAAAACCAUGUAAUUCCUCGGCUGUGGUAAUUAGAAGAAAAGAGUCUAGUAAGAAUCACCUGGUGAUAAUCCUUGUUUCUAUUUUCAGUUCAUUGUUUCUUCUCAUUUUGUUGUUAGCCAUUUUGUUUUGCUGCCGGAAGAAAUCUGCAAGGAAUGUGGAGGAUUCAGCAAAAAUUGGAUCUACCAAUGUGGGGAGGAACUUGUUCUCGGUAUGGGAUUACGAUGGCACAUUAGUGUUCGAAGACAUAUUAGAAGCAACGGAGAAUUUUGAUUCGAAAUAUUGCAUUGGAACGGGAGGAUACGGGAGCGUUUACAAAGCGGAGCUGUCAAAUGGCCAGGUUGUUGCUGUGAAGAAACUUCACUCGCCAGAUGAAGAUUCUGAGUUAGGUGACAUGAAGUCUUUUGAAAGCGAAGUGAAUGCAUUGACAGAAACUCGUCACAGGAACAUCGUGAAGCUUUUUGGUUUCUGUUCUAAUCCAGAACGACGGAUCUCGUUUUUGGUGUACGAGUUCAUAGACAGGGGAAGCUUGAAAAGUGUGUUAUCUGAUGGAGAACAAGCAGCAGAGUUCGAUUGGAUAAAGAGGAUAAGGUUCAUCACUGGAACAGCAAAUGCACUUGCUUACAUGCACCAUGACUGUGUACCUGCAUUAGUUCAUCGGGACUUAACGAGCAACAAUGUUUUGUUAGAUUCAGAAUAUGGUGCUCGUGUGUCUGAUUUUGGUACUGCGAGAAUGUUGAAACCAGAUUCAUCCAAUUGGACAUCACUUGCAGGAACCUUUGGGUAUAUUGCUCCAGAGCUUGCGUACACAAUGAAGGUAACCGAAAAAUGUGAUGUUUAUAGCUUUGGGGUUCUGAUAUUUGAAGUACUAAUUGGGAGACAUCCAGCUGAAGUCAUCACACUACUCUCGGAUUUACUUCUUCCGUCUUCGUCUUCUAGUCCCUUGGAGACGGACAUAAAGUUGAGAGAUAUCUUGGACCAACGCAUUGGGGCUCCAGGGAAUGGUGUUCAGAAAGAAAUAAUGUACAUUGCCAAGGUCGGAAUUUCAUGCUUACGCAGUGAUCCAAGUACUCGGCCAACCAUGCAAGAAGUAUCGGUCGAGCUAUCAUUGUCAGCCAAGAGCAGGCCAUCUUUGGCGAAGCCUUUUGAAACUAUCACAUUAGGAGACAUACGGAUAUUGUCUGAUGAAUUUGUGUAAUGGAACCUUAUUUGUAUUUUCAGUUCAAUUGUCAGUUCGUAAUCCAUUUUUCCGCGAACAUGUAUGGUUCUUUAAAUGGAACCAUUCUAAAGACAAUGUUCAGCAAUGUCAUUGAAGUAUUAAGACGUUCUUGAGUUUCUCAACUCUUAUUAAUUUUA